AUGGGGCAAGAACAAGAUUGCUGUAGCACACAGCUGAUUGAUGCAAACGGGGAGUUUAAUGUGGAAGGACUUGAUAACUUCGCGAAGAUCACGAAACUGUCACAGUGUGGUCUUUCUUAUGCGGUUGUUGCAAUCAUGGGCCCUCAAAGCAGCGGGAAGAGCACGCUAAUGAAUCAUCUAUUUCGUACAAAAUUCAGGGAGAUGGAUGCAUUCAGAGGAAGGAGUCAAACAACCAAGGGAGUUUGGAUGGCAAAGUGUGUUGGUAUUGAGCCUUUCACAAUUGCCAUGGAUUUGGAGGGAACUGACGGCAGAGAAAGAGGCGAGGAUGACACUGCAUUUGAGAAACAAAGUGCCCUCUUUGCUUUGGCAAUUGCAGACAUUGUACUAAUAAACAUGUGGUGCCAUGACAUUGGUCGGGAGCAGGCCGCCAAUAAACCCCUUUUAAAAACAGUUUUUCAGGUCAUGAUGCGUCUAUUCAGCCCACGCAAAACAACACUGCUCUUUGUUAUACGUGAUAAAACAAAGACUCCUUUUGAAUAUUUGGAGCCUAUUUUAAGAGAAGAUAUUCAAAAGAUAUGGGCUGCAGUGGCGAAACCUGAGGCUCAUAAAAGUACUCCUCUCAGCGAAUUUUUUAAUGUGGAGGUCAUUGCUUUGUCUAGCUAUGAAGAAAAGGAGGAACAAUUUAAAAAGGAGGUUGCUGAACUGAGACAGCGGUUUUUUCAUUCCAUUUCUCCAGGAGGUCUUGCUGGUGAUAGGCGGGGAGUUGUCCCUGCUUCAGGGUUUUCUUUCAGUGCACAGCAGAUAUGGAAAAUUAUAAAAGAGAACAAGGAUCUGGACCUUCCUGCUCACAAGGUGAUGGUUGCGACUGUUCGGUGUGAAGAAAUCGCCAACGAGAAGCUUAGCUGCUUGUCGUGUGAUGAGGGUUGGUUGGCAUUGGAAGAAGCUGUUCAAGCUGGUCCAGUGUCAGGGUUUGGGAAAAAACUCAGCUCUAUUUUGGAAUUCUAUCUUUCAGAAUAUGAAAAUGAGGCGAUCUAUUUUGAUGAAGGUGUAAGAAAUGCAAAAAGGAAACAGUUGGAAUCAAAAGCAUUAGAUGUGGUCCACCAUGCUUAUGUUACCAUGUUGGGACAUUUACGCUCUAAAGCUCUUGAAAGUUUUAAAACAAGGCUGGAACAGUCAUUGCACAAAGGAGAAGGAUUUGCUGCUUCUGUUCGUACCUGUGCUCAAUCUUGCUUGCUUGAGUUUGAUAAAGGAUGUGAAGAUGCUUCAGUUAGACAGGCUAAUUGGGAUGCUUCAAAAGUACGAGAAAAACUUCGUCGUGAUAUUGAGACACAUGCAUCAUCAGUAUGCAGCACCAAAUUGACUGAAAUGAUAGCCAAAUAUGAGAAACAACUUACUGAUGCACUUGCUGGACCCGUGGAAACCCUACUUGAAGCUGGCGAAAGUGACGCAUGGGCUUCAAUAAGAAAGCUUCUUAAACGUGAGACUGAGGUUGCUGUAUCAGAGUUCUCAACUGCUGUUGCUAGUUUUGAGUUAGAUAAGUCUACAAUUGACACAAUGGUGCAAAAGUUGAGGGAGUGUGCAAGAAACGUAGUGGAGAAAAAGGCUAGAGAAGAAGCAGGGAAAGUUCUGAUCCGCAUGAAGGAUAGGUUCGCAAUGGUUUUCAAUCAUGACAAUGACUCGAUGCCAAGGGUUUGGACUGGGAAAGAAGACAUUAGAACAAUUACAAAGGACGCACGCUCUGCGUCUUUGAAAAUUCUAUCAACCUUGGCAGCCAUACGCUUAGACGAGAAAUCAGAUAAUAUUGAGAAUAUACUGCUCUCCUCGCUCAGUGAUGGAGCUGUUUCUGUUCCAUCUUCCAAAGGUAGAAGUAUAGGAGCCAGUAGUGACUCCCUUGCCUCAAGUACAUGGGAAGAGGUCUCUCCAAAAGCUACGCUGCUUACACCAGUCCAGUGCAAGUCAUUGUGGAGGCAGUUCAAAGCAGAGACUGAGUAUACUGUGACCCAAGCUAUUUCUGCUCAGGAGGCUCACAAGCGAAGUAAUAACUGGUUACCUCCUCCAUGGGCAAUAGUGGCAAUGGUUAUUCUUGGUUUUAACGAAUUCAUGCUUCUGUUAAGGAAUCCACUUUACCUCAUGGUUCUGUUUGUUGUAUAUUUACUUUCAAAAGCAUUAUGGGUUCAGAUGGACAUCACAGGACAAUUUCAAAAUGGCGCUUUGCCAGGCAUAUUAUCCAUUUCUUCAAGGGUUCUUCCUACUGUUAUGAAUCUUAUGAGGCGACUUGCAGAAGAGGCUCAGGGACAUCAAACUCCUGAGGCCCCAAUGCAACAGUCAUAUAGUUUUCAGAAUAUAAGACAUCAAACUCAACAGAAUCCAACAUCAAGUACAAUACCCGAGUCUUCUGUAUCAUCAUCCUGCAUUUCAUCAACUGACAGUGAACCUGAAUACUCAAGUCCAAACUUGACGCAUAGGCGAACUUGUGGGUUCAUGUUGGUUACCUCAAGCCCAGGAGCAUAUCUUAAGAAUAUUGCACCAAGUCCACCAUCAAUUGAGCCAACUCCUAAGAAAGAGCUAAGUCCCUCAUCCAUCGUUCCAAGUGCACCACCAUUGCUUGUGCCGACUCCUAGGAAGGCACAUCGUCUCCUAUCAGUCGAGCCAAUCCCUAACAGGGCACCAAGCUCCUCUUCCGUAGUGCCCACUCCUGAAAAAGAACCAAAUACAUACUGGAUUGUUCAAACUCCCCCACCUUUUUCAGUGGUGCCGUCUCGGGGAGCUGUACCAGCUUCAGUUUUUUCUAUUGAUGCAAAAGAGAUAUGGAAAACCAUAGAAGAUGACAAGCACCUAGAUCUUCCUGCUCUCAAGGAGACGAAAGAUUUUGAGGAAAGUGUAAGAAAUGCAAAACGACAACAGUUGAAAUCAAGAGCAUUGGAUGUGGUAUACUGGGCUUAUGCUGCUAUGCUGGAACAUCUAUCUUCUAAUACACUUAAAAGUUUUAAGAUUAGUCUGGGAAAAGCACUGAACAAGGGAAAAGGAUUUGCAGCUUCUGUUCGUACUUCACAGCCCUCACAUAAUGCUUGGUGUUUUUUCCAGAAGACUCACGCCAAGUACAUCAAAGCACGGAGAACUGUGAAAUGGAUAGCUGGGGGAGUGGGUUCAGUGGUGGGGCUAGGAUUCUUGCUGAUAGGCAGUCAGCAGCUUUUGAGUAAAAUCCUCACUGCUGUUGAAGCUAAAUUAAUUCUACAUGCAAUACUUGGGGCUUUCACGGAUGCUCACAGGCAAACUCCCAAUGAAAUUUUGAUAGGUCAUGCAGCUGGGGCAGUGGUGGCGAGAGGGGGAGUAGUAGCGGGGCCUAUUGCAGGAGUUGCGGUUUUGAAUAGAGCGAUGAGGUGA